AUGACUUUUGGUGAUGCUUGCGAUAUAAAAAAUGUGAUUUGUGUUUUUGGCUUCCCCAGGUGUCCUUUCAUUCAGGGAAAAAUGUUGUUUGCCCAGCCCAAGGAUGCCGGUUUUUCAUUUAGCCACAAUAUCAAUAGUCAUUUGGCCAGCCUCUCCAUUGUCGGAAACGCGAUCCCCAUCCGUGACCCCGCUGUUAAGAGGAAGGCUUUAUGUGCCCUGGAUAACGUGAAUGCCAGUGUGGAAAAUCAGGGCCAGAUUAAGAUGUACAUCAGCGAAGUGUGUCGGGGGACUGUGUCACAUUGCUGCAACUCAUUUCUGCAGCAGGCCGGAUUAAAUUUGUUAAUAAGCAUGACAGUUAUUAAUAACAUGCUUGCCAAGUCCGUUUCAGACUUGAAGUUGUUUCCUUUGAUAUCAGAGGGAAGUGGCCGUGCUGAGGUUCAGGUUUUGCAACCGUUGAUGGGUUUGUCUGAAAAGCCAGUCUUGGCAGGAGAAUUGCCGGGUGCCCAAAUGCUGCUCUCAUUCAUGUCCCUCUUUAUCAGGAACAGAAACAUACAGGCUCCCCUGGACACCCUGGCCUCUUAAAUGGCCAUCUCGCACAGAAUGGGACUGAGUGUGCCUAAAACUCGUUUGGUGAACACACAACUUGUUUUCUCAUUCAAAGACUCUGCAGUGGGUGCUACAGAAGAUCCAGUCUUAGCCGAUCACCACAUCAUGGGGGGCAAGUUACACUUGCUAAAUCGAGGACCACACUCUUAUUGGCCAGGCAGGGGUUCCCACAGAGCUUUGAGUAACUUCUUGGUUUUGCAGUCUGCGGGCAAUGCACAUUGUAAAUUACUCCCUUCUUCCUGUGGUAAAGGCUCAUUUCAGCUGCCAGCUGUGGAUAAAGAACAUCAUAUUAUAGCAUCACGAAGGAUGCCUUGCCUGUGGUGGUGUCCCUGUCCAAGCUCCAUUUUGUGGAGACUAGACAUGUAUGGGAGCUUGUGCUGAAAAUGCAUUUCUUACUGCAUAGGUUGAAUUCUUUUUCACUUACUCUUCCCUCUACACGAGCUGAUGGAUGGUGACCCUAUUCAUCAAAAAAGUACACUACCCUUCUGUGUGCUGUACUGACAACCUCAUUCACCCAAGUCUACAUUUGUAUGUAUUAUCAAUAAACUUUUGUGCUUUGAUUGGCAAAAACAA